GCCUCACCGCUGACAGGUGUAAUGGUCCUGUGUAUGAGUCACAAUGAACAUGGAUCCUACAGAAACCUCACAGUCUGGAAGGAAAGUAACCUGUUUUGCAGAAAUGAAGACUGAUCUCAACCUGUUACUAGAAUGUCUGAAGUUUCAAAUGGACAAUCCUGACUCCCAGAAGGAGACCUUGGCGGCUGUUCGCUCCAUUUGCCAGGAUAACAAUGAUGCAUGCGACUACUUCAGAGAAAUCGGUGGCUUAAUGUUUCUCAACAACCUAGCAAAAUCCAGCUCUCACUCAAUGUUAAAAGAAACCUGCUUAUAUACACUAGCAAUUCUGGCAGAGAACAGCGUGUAUUGUCAGCAGGCCUUAGGCACACCGGCUCUCUUUGAAGAUAUCCACGCCAUCUUAUCGGAUGAGCAAUCUUCUGUAAACCUAAAACGGAUGUGCGUUUUCAUAUUCCUCAUCGUAGUUUCGAAUAACAAGGCCGGUCAGAGCCUUUCUAGAGAAUCCGGAUGCAUUGAUAUACUUCUCCGUUUAUUUAGCAAACUGUCGACAUGCAACAUUCUGACCGAUGGAAACAGAAAUCCCCAAUACCAGCUCUGGUCGUCUGUCUGCAGCGCACUGUGUGCCUGUGUCAAUAAUCCACAGCAUGAAGAGAACCAGAAACUUUGCAGUUCUGCAUUUCCACAGGCGAUUGAAAGGCUCCAGGAGUCUCUCCGACAUGAGAUGGCUCGUCCUGUCUGUUCCCUGAUUGGCCUCACAGUCGCCAAUAGUCGAUUUGCCCAGGACUACUUUUCAUCUAUUGGCGGGCUCGAUAUAUUGGCGGAUGUCCUCUCCCACCUGGUGAAUGAUUUACAAGGAACAAGUUUGGAUUCCAGACUUGCUAUAGUGGUUACAAAGACCUUGGAUGCUUGUAUCGCAGAAAACUCUAAAGCUAUCCAUCACCUGGCCAAGCACAACGUUAUAUCGAGUCUGAUGAGCCUUUUAACCUGUGGACAACUGGAAGCAGAAGACAAGUUCAGCAUUGUCCUUGCUGUCGGCCACCUCACUGAGGACUGCGGGGCGAAUCAAUAUGAACUGCUGAAAAGCAAUGGACUUCCCUUUAUGAUUCAGGUGCUGGCGGAGUCGCAGGAUGACGAAUUACACAAAGCAGCGACAUUCGUCCUUCAGAACUGCAGACGCAUUACCGAAACCUUGUCUCUCAGUUUAAAUGAACGUAUCCCGAAAGUAAGUCACGACAACCAACGGGAACCGUGUUUGGAUGAAUAUCGGGGGAAGGCUGAAGAAAUAUUUCUCAAGAUACAACAUCUACAGCAUCAGUAUGAUGAGGGAAAAGCAAGACAACAGGUAUCAUUAGACAUGACUAAACCGCAGGAAUCCAGUGUGCGGACAUCAGGUGGGCUCCGUAAAACCCGCGGUGACAGCUGUAUAGCUCAAGAGACUUGCGGAAAUGACAGCAGCGGGCCAGCUUCAUCCAGAAAGAACAUUACUUUUAGGGAUGCCGUCACUCAGACGCUACCAAACCGUGCUACGGAGACCUUACAUAAUGACCUCCCCCCUCCAGACCGGGGGCUGUCAGGGACUCGUCCUGAAGUGUCUUCUGUCAGAGAUGUAAGGGUAAAGUCAUCAGAGCAUUCAUCUUCAGUGAGACAAGAGAAGGAUCCAGAUCCCAUGAUGGUUUGCGCUGAUAUAAUCGAUAAGGAGAUGAGCAGCGUUCUGGACACUCGGCCCCCACUGAGGUGCUCAGGCUGUCUGGUGACGGGGCAUGUCAUGAAUAGCAGGAAUUGCAGCCAGAUCUUGAUGGGAUGUCCAAAUCUGUGCGAGCGCCACAGAGUUCUCCUACAGGCAGAAGAGCGUUAUAGAACUGAAUACAGGAAGUUUCUCCAUGGCAGCGGACGUACUACGGCACAGAAACAUAGAAAUAUGCUGUUGACGCCGCUCAGAAGAGGAGGAGAGAACGCUCAGAAUAAAACAAGACGCAACCGUAUCCUGCUGACCCCUAUAAGGAAGACCACUCUAAAGGGCAGCGAGUGUGCAGAAGCAGCAUGUCCCCUGCAAGGUUCAGAAUCCGAAUGCGAUAGCGACUCCCCUCCUAAAAGACGAGAGAUCAGUCACAAUCCGCCGCCUGCUUUGGAUCUUCAGCCUCCUGACCAAAACCGACCUCAGAAGGGACCGCGCAAAAACUUCACCAAGAGGGAAAUCGCAAAUCUUCUGGACGGGGUGGAGAAGUUCGGCCACCACUGGAAUGCUAUUUUGUGGUCAUAUCCUUUUCAGAAAGGCCGAAGAAAUGUUGAGUUGGCGAAAAAAUACAAACAGUUACGAGGGAAACACUGACUCGCGUGGAGCGUCCGCGCUAUAUAGAACUAUGCAUCUACUAUGUGAAUAUGUUACAAGAUAAAGCAGCCGCAUAACUCGGCCUAGUACAGAGCUACAGGAUGCCGCAAUUAUCUGUUUUUCUGCUAUAUAAAAGA